AUGACGACGGUCGAGGCCAAACCACCCCCAAGACCAGCCCUCAUCAACCCCCAACUUCUGACUGAAGCCCUCGGCUUCUCGCCACAACUCCUCCUUGACGACAUCAUCAACGUUGCCAACCAAACUGUGCAGGAUGGCGUGAAUGGUGUCGAGGAUUUUCUACGGAAACGAGCAGACGACAUGCACCAGGACGAGAUGAUCAAUGAGAUUGAGCAGGGCUUGGUGGCAUUCCAAACUCUCCUCGAGUUUCACACGGAUGUUGCCUUUGAUUUCUUCGAGGCUUGGUCUUUGCGCAAUAUCUUUGCCGUCCCCGCAGACUUGCCCCUCGUCAUGCCACACAACCAGAGCCUCGAUUUAACACACACCUCCGAAGAAGUUCAGCAAAUAUUGGAUGAAAUUCAACAAAUGCGGACGGAGAUAUUCAAGGAAAGAAAGCUUCAUCAAGAACUUGUACGUGCCAACCGCCGAAGGAAAGUCGAAACUCAGCGGAUGCGCAACAUAUUAAGCGAACUUGCGCCAUAUGAGACGAUAGACGCACAGACACUCCCUGAAGCGCUACUAGAGCUACAAAAAGUUGCCUCGAGUUUGCCUGAACUGCAGCCUGCGACUAUUUCCGCUCUUACUCAGCUAGGAGAUACAGAGGAAGGCGCUCGUCAAUGGGAGAUGGGGAGAACGGGUUAUUUCAAAUGGGCCACUGCGCAACUGCUCGCCAAAUCUUCGAGCAGUGGCGAAGAUUUUCUGCCGGAAAUUGCUAAUGUGGAGAAGUGCAUCGAGGUCAGCAAUGCGCUCGACAAGGUUUCCCGAGGUCUUGCGUCUGCUGGUGUCGAUACGACAGUUAUGGUGGAUGAUGCUUGA